AUGGGCAUAAUUCUUUUUUGGCAUGCUCCAAAACUAAAGUCUCAUUUGGAAGCAAAUAUCUCUUCCAACUCCUUGUACAGUGUCCCUUUCGGCUUCGCCUUAAAAUCGGUCGAUGUCGAUGCAGACGAGCUCCCGCUCCUCUUAUUCUUCCAUAAACCGCUCCAUCUCGACUUGCUCGUCGAGGGCUCGCUUAUGCUCGUCGUUUUAUUCCGAUCUUUACUUAAGCUAGACCUCGCCAGCUCACGUAUUUGCCUCAGCCACGGCCUCUCGCCCGAGACCCUGCUGUUUAUGCUCCUACUCGUCUCGUUGCUUAUCGGGAACCGUCUAGUCAACCUUUUGGUCAACCCUUGUGGGCCCACGAACAAAAAAAACCCGACAAAAGCCAUUUUCAACCCAUGCAAGAAAGAAUUUGUCGAGGGAUCCAAACGCUUGAUCUGCAUAUACAAUGCUACCCACUCGUUCGCAAUUUCUGCUAAAAAAGAUAACAAAAAAACGAGCAGCAUUGAAAUCCCAAGCCUCCUCUCGCCCUCGGGCGAGAAAUCCCGAUCCAAAAACACGGCGAAAAACGCAAAAAUCGAAACUUGGCUCGAAACGGAGAUUAUCUCGAUCAAUUGGACUUUUUUCUUGAUGAAUGGCUUCUUGAGGACUAUGAAGAAGAGUUGA